UGUGUUUGUGAUCUGUUGGUGGCACAGUGUGAUGUAAAUUGCUGCUGUGACCCUGACUGCAGUGCCGCAGAUUUCAGUCUCUUUACUACAUGUUCAGUUCCUGUUGUCACAGGUGACAGCCACCUUUGCAGUCAGAAAGCUGCUAUAUAUUCACUUGAUGUUGAAGCAAAUCCACCAGAAAGAAUAUUUAAAUUAACUGACCAAAUCAAUCCCAAUGUUUUCUGCAUUCAUACUGCAAACUAUAAACAAGCACUCUCCUUUAUUUCUCCUGAAAUGCCUACUUCUGAAAAUUUUGAUCAACUGCUUAAACAGUUUGGAAGUGCUACUUUCAGUACUGAGUUUGAUAGCUGGAGUAUAAACUCAGAUUCUCAAAAUUCUUCUGGUGCAAAUGAAACAUAUAGAUAUGAGUAUGGUGUUCCUAUACAGACAGUGGAUGCAUUUCUGAGACUGCCUAGUUCUGUUGUCUCCUCCUGGUGCUCUGAUGCUAAUCCUGCAGGGUUUUUAGUAAACCAGGCUACAAAAUGCAGUAGAUUAGUAAGCAUGGAAAAGUGUGACACCUUUCAAGAAGUUAGUAUGCUGUUCUAUAUUAAUUCCAGCAUUUUAGCAGUACCCAAAUCAAGUCAGAUGGUUAAUAUUACUGUCCAGUCCAUAGUUGUCCAGUCUCUGAAUGGAAUACGGACCUUACUUGACAGUAAUGAGGACCUCAGGCUCCCUACAAUUUUGGAUGAACUGUGCAUAAAUGUAGUUCUUGGGGUGAGUUAUCAUAUUACAUACACAGAAGCAGGAGAAAUACUAGAAGCAGCUGCUUCUUUUGUCUUGGGGGCAAUUAACAAAGAAGCACGUUCAAUACAGCAGAGCUUUGAAAUCAGCUUUACUCAGGUAAAUACAAAGCCAGUUCCUCUCAGUGGUAAUCCUGGUUAUGUUGUUGGACUGCCUGUAAGAGCAGGCUUCAGGCCACAUGGAUCUGGCAUCAUUCAAAAUACUAACAAAUAUGGACAGCUGACCAUUCUGCAAAGUACCUCCAACCAGGACUGUCUGGCAGCAGCAGGAGCCAGAACCCCAGUAUUAUUUGGUUAUAACAUGAUGUCAGGCUGUAAGUUACGAAUCACUGCAGCUAUGGAAUGCCAAGUCUUGACUCAAACCCUCCUAGGUUUACUGAAGGGACAACACUUUCCUGAAUACGUGGCUUCAUUUGGAAAUUCUCAAGCCCAGGAUGUGCUUGACUGGGUGCCAAUAACUCAGCUCCACACCUCAGAGCAGAGCUCAUGCCAAAUACCAGUAUCACUUGAAAUAGAAGUGAAGUGGACUAAAUAUGGAUCCCUAGUCAAUCCACAAGCUAGAAUAGUGAAUGUUACAGCAACUGUCACUACUGCUACAUUGAACCAGCCUCCCUCAGGAAGAGAAAGGACUAUUCCUAUAACAAGUUCUGUUGUUUUCACUGAUGUUUCUUCACCUGCAGAGCCAGGGUAUAAAGCUCGGCCUACCAUUAAUGUUAAAUUACCCUUUGAUUUUUUCUUUCCUUUUGUUUAAGUUAAGUGAUACUUUCAGAAGAGCUCAAUGACCCUUCCAGUUGGCUUUGACUGAAAUUGAUUGGAGAAGUUUCCUACAGUCAACAGGUUUUAAAAUUCUCACUCAGUGAAACUUACUCUUCAUCUAAAAAUACUCCCACUACAGGGACCUCCUGGUAUCUGAAGAAGUUCACAUUCUGUUCAAACACGAGCCUGUUCCCUUAGAACAUGCUUUCUGAUGGUUUCUCUGAAGUCUUAACUGUUCCCAGCACCUAUAUCUGUUCUUACAUACCCUAAUUCUUUUAAUGUGUUGAAUUGUGAGCUGUGGAAGCAAAGAAAAUUUCGUAACGCAACAGGCUGCAAAUGAACACUUAAAUAGAAGAAGAGAUGAGAUAAUAUUGUAUCAGAAUUCAAAUCUGCUGUUGAGGACACAAACAUUGUUUGACGUAAGACAACAAUUAUUUGCCUGUCUUUUGGUGCUGAUUUGAUCGUCAAGGAAAGGAGUGGUAUGUUGGUGUUUUUGGAAAUGAACAUUAUUUAUAUAGUGAGGUGACACAAGCAGCAACAGAAAUGAGGAAACUACUAACAAUGCAAAAAGAAUGGUUGGCAAAGAAAAGAUGUAGCAAUGAUGAACAGUCAACUUGUAGAGAAGAAAUGACCUUUUGUGGUCUGGAGUCUUAUCACUGGCUGCAAGUUUCUACAAGAUGUUGCUAAUGAAGAACAUAUGGCAGAAAAAUGUAAUUCUUUCAAAUAAGUGGUACUUCUGGAUGUAUAACUUAUAAGAUGUGUCUUUAUUAAAUUAUUUUGCAGCUUUGACUGCACAGCUGUACAA